AUGCCAAAACGCAAGGACUCCAAAUUCAAAGCUUCUAUUACCCAGAAAGUUUCGUCUGCGCCUUCCUCUCCAGUAGCUUCUCUCGAUUCCGAAAAUGAGCCACUUGUCAUUCGUCGCCUUAAACGCCGAAAAUUCCUCGAAGACACUAGCGGUCCUCACGUCGAUAGAACGCUACGUACUCAAAUAAAUAAUCAGACUAGCAAGUGCCCGGAGGCGUCUUCCACGGGAAACAAAUCAAGAACAGCUGCAAACGCGAACAUGGAAGUUGCCACAGUUCAUGAUCAUAUCCUUCGUAAUUUCAAAUUGAGAAGAAUUGCUAACAGAUUUGACAAUGAGCACAUGGGAGAUUAUCUCGACAUAAUGUCCAACUUUGCUUUGAACAAAAAACCUGAAAAGAGGUGA